AUUGUGUAAAACCGUAGCCCGUUCGUCUUCGUCCUCCAGAAAAGGAAAAACCCUUUGUCGUUUGUCCCGCCCAGCCUAGGGUUCUUCCUUCACGCCGCCGCCGCCUCGCCUCGCCUCGCCUCGCCUCGUCUCCGCGCCACCCAGAUUGCCGGUUCUACUAAGCACUCAUGGCGGAGGAAACCAAUGGAAAGAAGGAAGAGGAGGAGUUCAGCACCGGUCCUCUGUCAGUGCUCAUGAUGAGCGUCAAGAACAAUACCCAGGUUCUUAUCAACUGCCGGAACAACAGGAAGUUACUUGGUCGUGUGAGAGCAUUUGAUCGGCAUUGCAACAUGGUGCUUGAGAAUGUUAGGGAGAUGUGGACUGAGGUACCAAAGACUGGUAAAGGCAAGAAGAAGGCUCUUCCAGUGAACAAAGACAGGUUCAUAAGCAAGAUGUUCCUCCGUGGGGAUUCAGUCAUCAUUGUUCUCAGGAACCCCAAAUGAGUCUCUUGCGCACAAGAAGUCUUGCUAGUAGUAAAUUGCUAUGGACUAGUCUGUAUGCCAAGUACUUGAAACAUGGAAUUGCAAUAGACUGACGAUGCCUGAGCCAGAAUUAGCUGUGUAUGUUGAUGGUGGUGGCUUGUAGCUGGAUGUUUUUACCUCUUGUACCUGAAUUGCAUUGGUACUUGGUCGUUUAUGUUCGAAAUAUCAGCAAACUCACAGAUUGAAUUUGCUGUCA